CCCUGAGUGGGGCCGUCCCUCCCACGGGCUCCGGCGACCGCGAUCCGGUCCCUGCCUCUCGGUUUCGCUUCUCCUCCCCCCUCAGGCUCAAAACCCAGAAGCGAAACUGUGCUGGGAUCCAUGCAGCAGGAGCCCGCGCCCCCCCGCUCUCCGGCGCCCGGGCAGGACCCCGCACCGUCCGGGGCGCCCAGCAUGCCUCCCCCGGAGCCCGCCUCCGAGGGCCACCAGCCCAGCCCCAGCCGCAGCCCCGCGGAGCAAGCCCUGGAGGAGGAGUUCCAGUUUCUGUGCUGCCAGAGCUGCCAGGCCGAAGCCAAGUGCCCCAAGCUGCUGCCGUGUCUGCACACGCUCUGCUCGGGAUGCCUGGAGGCAUCGGGCCUGCGCUGCUCCAUCUGCCAGGUGCCCGGGCCUCUAGGCGCUGGCUCGCCGGCCCUGGACAACGUCUUCUUCGAGAGCCUGCAGCGGCGCCUGUCGGUUUACAGGCAGAUCGUGGACGCGCAAGCUGUUUGCACCCGAUGCAAAGAACCUGCGGACUUCUGGUGUUUUGAGUGCGAGCAGCUCCUCUGUGCCAAGUGCUUCGAGGCGCACCAGUGGUUCCUCAAGCAUGAGGCUCGGCCCCUGGCAGAGCUCCGUAGCCAGUCGGUGUGUGAGUUCCUAGACAGCACUCGAAAGUCCAACAGCAUCUUCUGCUCCAACCCCAACCACCGCACCCCUAUGCUGACGAGCAUCUACUGCCGAGGCUGCUCCAAGCCGCUGUGCUGCUCGUGCGCGCUCCUGGACAGCAGCCACGGCGAGCUCAAGUGCGACAUCAGCGCGGAGAUCCAGCAGCGCCAGGAGGAGCUGGACACCAUGGCCCGGGUGCUGCAGGAGCAGGACGGCGCCUUCGGGGCGGCGCACGCGCAGAUGCACUCGGCCGUCAGCCAGCUGGGCCGCGCGCGCGCCGACACCGAGGCGCUGAUCCACGCACGGGUGCGCCAGCUGGUGGAGCACGUGCUGGCGCGGGAGCAGGAGCUGCUCGCGGGGGUCACGGCGCGGUACCAGCGCUGCUACGAGGAGCUGGCGGGCCGCAUGGGCCGCCUGGAGGCCGUGCUGCAGCGCAUCCGCACGGGGAGCGCGCUGGUGCGCAGGAUGAAGCUCUACGCCUCGGACCAGGAGGUGCUGGACAUGCACGGCUUCCUGCGCGACGCGCUCCACCGCCUGCGCCAGGAGGAGCCCCACGACCUGCACACGGCCGUGCGCACCGACGGCUUCGAGGAAUUCAAAGUGCGCCUGCAGGAGCUCGUCUCCUGCAUCACCCGGGGCACAGAUCUAGCUGUACCCAGGAGAGCCAGCCCAGACGCUGCCGGCACUCCCAGGGAUUCUUUAGACGUUGACCAGACCCCACCGCCGGAGGAGAUGCUGGAGAGUCCGGCGCAGGCCCCGCAGCUGACGGAGACCCACACUGGGGCUUUGGUACAGUCGGUGCCCGGGGUCCACCCGGUGCCGGUACACGCCUACUCCAUCAGAGACCCGUCCUGCAGAGAGGAGGUCUGCAACAAAGUCACUCCCCAGAAGAGGAAGUCCUGCCAAACUGAGUGCCCCAGGAAGGCCAUCAAGAUGGAGUCUGAGGAGGAGCGGGAGACUCGGUUGGCCCAGAGCUCCCCGGAGCAGCCCAGGCCCAGCACCUCCAAGGCGGUCUCGCCACCCCUGGAUGGGCCCUCCAGCCCCGAAAGUCCCAUCAUGGGAAACGAGGUCUUUCUGCCCAACAGCAACCACUCAACCGGCGACCCUGGGGAGGCAGCUGCCACCAGAGGGGAGAGGGGACACCCACGGUUUGCCAGAGGAGGGAGUGAGGAUGGAUACAAGUUACUGCGUGAUGUACUGGGAUUCCAGUGCGAGGAAGCCCGUGGUUCCGUAGCUCCUUCCCCCGACACACACAAGGGUGCAUCUGUUGAGGAACGCGUCGUGGUGAUCAGCAGCUCGGAAGACUCAGACGCUGAAAACUCGUCCUCCCGAGAGCUGGACGACAGCAGCAGCGAGUCCAGUGACCUCCAGCUGGAGGGCCCUAGCUCCCUCAGGGUCCUGGACAACAGCCUCGCCGACCCCCAAGCAGAAGACAGGCCCCUGGUUUUCUUUGACCUCAAGAUUGACAGUGAAACCCAGAAGAUUAGCCAGCUGGCGGCUGUAAACCGGGAGAGUGAGUUCCGCGUGCUCAUCCAGCCCCAGGCCUACUCCAGCAUGUUCUCCAAGGCCGUCUCCCUGGAGGUGGGGCUGCAGCACUUCCUUGGCUUCCUGGGCUCCAUGCGCCGCCCCGUCCUGGCCUGCUCCAAGCUGUGGGGGCCCAGCCUCCCGAUUUUCUUCCGGGCCCUGGAAGACAUGAACAGGCUGUGGGGGUUCCAGGAGGCCAUCUCGGGCUUCCUGGCUGUGCUGCCCCUCGUCCGGGAGCGGGUUCCCCAGGCCAGCAGCUUCAGACUCAGGAGUCUGGCCAAGACCUACCUGGCGAGAAACGUGAACGAACGCAGCGCCCUGGCCACCGUGCUGGCCCUGCGAGACCUGUGCCGGCUCCUCGAGAUCUCCCCGGGCCCUUGGCUAGCCCAGCACGUCUACUCCUUCAGCAGCCUGCAGUGCUUUGCGUCCCUGCAGCCCCUGGUGCAGGCGGCCGCCCUGGCCCAGGCCCAGGCCCGCCUCCUGGCCCUGCACAAUGUGAGCUUCACCGAGCUGCUGGCCGCGCACCGCCGUGACCCACAGCAGGGCUUGAAGAAGUACAGCCGCUACCUGGGCCCGCAGACCAGCACGUCCCCCCCCAGCCAGCGAGCUGUCAGCCUGCAGGCCCUGAGCACCUACUUCAAAGGCCGGUCGGAGGGGGCCGUCUCCGCUCCGGCACAAGGCCUCUCCACCCUUCUCACUGGCCACAGCUUUGCAAAGAGGGCAUGCCAGCAAAGCUGAGAGGAAGCCAAGACUGGCUUGGAAUCUCCGGGGACAGAGAGGGAUGGGGUCCCUGAGCCAGCCGCCUGCCCCGACCCAUCACAGCAUUCCUGUGUCCUAAUCCCUAGCCCUCAGUCGUCAUUUGGUCCAGAAUCAGCUCUCUGGGACCAAAUUCCCCUUCUCUAAAAACCCCACAGAGAAGGUUCUGAGCCAAGCAAGUCUGAGUCCUAACCGCCCAGGGCCACCAGAUCCCCUUUCAGGCUUUGGGGGCACCAGUGGGUUGGUUUCCCCUGAGCCCUGGCCCCUCUUGUCAAGGAGCCAAAACCAGAGCAUAAAGAAGGCCUGGCCUCCGGGCCGAGUGGCCCCCCCACCCCCAACUUGCCACUUCCAUGAGUGUCCCUGCAGCCCCUCCCUGACCCCCAGUCACUGCAGUAGGGGACCUGCUGGUCGUCCCCGCAGACAGUGCCUGCAGCACCCACGGGUACCCCAAGUGCCUUUCAAACCAAACUGCCCUCUUGAGUUUGGUUCUCCCACCGUCUGCGUGUCUGAAGGCCAGCUCUCUGUUCACUUCUUUGGGAACAAAAUGCAUUUUUGUCCCCAGAGGGCCUCAUAUCUGCAGAGACAGAAGCUGCUGCUCCAUGCCUACCCCUCCUUCCAAAGUAUGACCCUUCCAAGCUUGCUUCUUUCCUGCUGGCCACGCAGCCACCUCCUCUUAGUUAGGCUUUGCUCCUUGGUCCUCAGGCCACCAGCCCCUGCCUGCAUGGCUUUUGCCCUCUGCACUGCCCACAUCCGCCGCACCAAGGAGUGUCCUCCUACCCAGCGCUGCUUGCCACAUACACCAGGGACCUGCAGUGUUGGCAUCCCCCGAGAGCCCUCCCCCGGCCCUCUGGAAUCAGCAUCUCUGAGGUGGGCCCAGCCAGCUGUUUCAGCACAUCCUCCAAAUGAUUCUGAUGCCCGCUAAGACUCAGAGCCAGUGUUCGGUUAGACUGCUCCCCGAAAGAGGAGCAGGGCGCCGUAACAUAGCCCGUCCUAGUCUGGACAGGGAUGUGACCUAGGAAAAGACCCCUUCCCGAGCUCCAGCAUCCCCACCUGAUAAAUGGGCCAGUCGGUCCAGCUGGUCUCUGAGUUCCCGUCCAGCUCUGCCAUUCUGGGUUUAGACAUGGACAAUGGCCACCGAGGCAGUGGACAAGGCCUUAAACCUAGCUCUCAGCCCUAAGCCAAGGUCCCCAGCGUUGUGGUCGUACCAGAGGUCAGCAGCAGAACACCGGCAGGUCAGGGCCUUCCCUCUGACUAGCAGAACCACUGGCCCUGCCCUGCUACCCAACGUUCCCUCUUCCUUGGCUCCUGCCACCAGGACACAGCCCAGACCUCCAGCUUCCAGAGCCUGAGCUUUCACAGGGGGGAGGUCUGCGUGCCCACGCCUCAGCCCCCAUUCAUCGAGGUGCCCUGGAGAUUCCCUGAGGGAUUACCUAGGAACUGGCUGCCACAGUGGGAGCACUGGUCCUAUGGUGAACCCCAAUGCAUUUGACCGCAGGUUUUCUAACAAAGGGCUGUUGUGCCUCUCUCCAGUUAUGCAGCCUUUAAUAAAGAUGUGAAUGUUGGGGGAUCCCUGGGUGGCUCAGUGGUUGAGCAUCUGCCUUUGGCUCAGGGCGGGAUCCCAGGUCCAGGGAUUGAGUUCCAUGUCGGGCUCCCGGUGCAGGGAGCCUGCUUCUCCCUCUGCCUG